AUGCGCAGAGGCGUCACCAUAUUCUUGCUCGUCACCGUUGUCGUCCUCGGCUUCGCACUGCACAGCGUCUGGACACUUCUCGGCCUGCUGGUGGCCACGGGCCUCGACGAUGCCAUCCUGCGCGGCGAACUGCCCGCUCCCAACUCGAGUGCAGGCAGUGACCGUCCGCAGUUAGUCCCCAAGAUCAUCCACCAGACGUACAUCAACGACAGCAUCCCUGCGCACUGGAAGGGGCCCCAGCAGAGCUGUAUGGACCUGCACCCGGACUACGAGUACAAGCUCUGGACCGACAAGAAGGCCCGCGAGUUCAUUGCCAACGAGUAUCCAUGGUUCCUCGAGACGUUUGACGGCUAUCCCUAUCCCAUCCAGCGUGCCGACACGAUUCGAUACUUUGUCCUGCACCACUUCGGUGGCAUCUACAUCGACUUGGACGAUGGUUGCAAUCGCAGUCUCGAUCCUCUCCUUGCUUACCCAGCCUGGGUUCGCCGCACAAUCCCCACCGGUAUCUCCAACGACGUCAUGGGCGCAGUGCCCCACCACCCAUUCUUCCUCAAGGCCAUUGACUCUCUGACCUACUACAACCGCCGCUGGCCCCUCCCCUACAUCACCGUCAUGGCAUCCACCGGUCCUCUCUAUCUCAGUCUGGUCUGGCGCCACUACAUGAACCAGAACCCCCAAGGCGACGACCGCCUGCGCAUCCUCUUCCCUGAAGAGUACAACAACCACGCCUGGAGCUUCUUCACCCAUCACCUCGGCAACAGUUGGCACAGGACGGACGUAAAGGUCAUCUUCUGGCUGGGCAAGCACUGGAUAUUCGUCACCCUUGUCGGCUUCACCCUUGGCUUCACCAUUCUCGGCUUGCUGUACAAGAUCUUCUUCCUGAACAAGGGCUACAAGCAACCCGGCUCGCCCAGGCUCCGAUCCGCAUACACUCGACUGCCCUUCUACCGCCGCAUUAGCCAAAAGGACGUCGAGCUGAACGACCGACACGAGGUCUAG